CGCCGAGAAUUUUUCUCUUUUUCUACCAGUUCGCUAGUGCCAUGGGUGGGUCCCAUCGGUCGGUGCCUUGCAGGGCUAGGUUAAAGGUGGAUCCAGAAUUUCGGGUUCAAGCGGAUCGAUGACUUGUUUUGUCGAUGCCUUUCGACUUUCGACUUCGAGCACGCGCAAAAUGUCCCAUUCUCGGGAGACUGUUCGGGCCACCUAAGAUGCUCUACACAUCACGAAACCAGUCUACCCCCACCCGCCUCUUCCCAACAUCACCCCUCCCGCAAUAACACCCACGAUGCCUCCCCGAGGCCCUCUCCCCCCACACCUCCUGCGCCGGCCCUCGCCCCCCCUCGGGCCCCUCCACCGCGCCUUCUCCCUCCCGACCUUCAGCAUCCCAGGCCUCCCCGCGGCAACCACCCAAACCAUCCAAGCCCGGCGGACGCUCCCCUACCCGCCCCCUCAAGUCUACGCCCUGAUCGCCGAUGUCGACUCCUACGCAACCUUCCUCCCCUUCUGCACCUCCAGCCGCGUCACCCGCCUCUCCCCGCCGGACCCAUCCUCGGGCCGCCGCUGGCCCACCCAGGCCGACCUGACCGUCGGCUGGGGCCCCGUGUCCGAGUCCUACACCAGCCGCCUCUACUGCGUGCCGGGCGAGGUCGUCGAGGCCGUCAGCGGCGCCGCCGACACGACCAUCCCCGAGGCGACGCUGCGCAGGCACGGGCUGGGGCCGUGGGGCGCCCACGCCGCGGCCGUCGGGGCCGCGGGGGGCCGGCAGCAGGCCACAGCCGGGGUGUUCGACAGCCUGCUGACGAGGUGGGCUGUGCACCCUGUUGCGGCCCGGGGCGGCGGGGUGGGGAGGGCGGGCGAGGCCACAGAGGUGACUCUCAGUAUACGAUACCGGUUUGCGAACCCUGCGUACGGGCUGGCAGUUGGGAGAGUCGCGGAUGAUAUGGUGGGCAUGAUGAUCGAGGCUUUUGAAAAGAGGGCGAAGCAGAUGUACGAUGGGCAAGAGGCGGGCAGGGCGUCAUAGGCCGGCGCCGAGUGGCUGGACGGCGGUCCAUCGGCGGCUCGACUGUUUGCGAGCUAGUCCUAUCGAGAUGGGAUCCCGUACUCCAACCAACUCGGAGUCUGAAUCAAGUUCGAGAUAGGACAGCCCCUCGCGUGUAACAGGAUCGAUCAUAUGGGAACGAGGAAUGCAUAUGCAUAUAGACAACCCGGAUAGAUCCAAAAUCUUGUUAUGUUACGUAGAAUAAAUACCCAUCUAGACCGAUAAAUAACAACCCAUGCUCAGCGGGCAAAUUCGUCUCUGGUUACGCCGCACCAA